AUGCAAAGACCGGGCCACCAGAUCACCAGAAAGACACUGUUCCGCAGCACUAAAGUGCAAGAGAUGGAGUUGAAAGAGCGAGCCGCGUCCAGAAGCCUUCUGUCCAACAUCAUCGAUACAGGUGGAGGGGAGGAAGACUUCCGGCCAGGCAACUUAACCUCGUCGUCAUCGCCUGCUUUACCGCAAAGGGGUGGCGACAGGGCGUACGCCAACGUGCCGCCCAUGCACGCCGGAUGCCUACACGCCGACGUCGAGCUGCAAGCGAUUCUCAGGGAGCUGAAAUUCAUCACUGCCAAGUUCAAGAAGGAUGACGAAGACGCGGAAGUCGUCUCAGACUGGCAGUUUGCAGCCAUGGUCGUCGACCGGAUCUGCUUGAUCAACUUCACCAUCUUCACCGUGGCUUCGACUGUGCUGUCGCUGGGCUCCGCGCCCCACUUGAUGGCAUAA